AGCAACAGCAGACGAUGGACUACUUCUCCUGCAUCCCCAAAUAAAGGUGUUUGAAAUCAGUGAGUGCAGAGAGCUAAGCCUCGACAGCGGUGGAAUCCAAGGUCUGCUCUCCCUCCAAACGUUGGGGAUAUAUGAUUGCCCCAAGCUCCUCUGCUCCUCUUCCUCCUCGUAUUCCCCUUUCCCAACCUCCCUGCAAACGCUCCAACUCUGGAACGUGGAGGGCAUGGAGACCCUGCCUUCUCCUCUCCCAAACCUCACCUUUUUGUACAUUUCCCAUUGUGGCAAUCUCAGAGGGGGCGAGGUCUUGUGCAAUCUCCUUGCCCAAGGUAACCUCACCUCUCUAUAUGUCCACAAAACUCCCAAUUUCUUCCUUGGUUUAGAGCACUCCUGCUCCCAGGUGGACAAACAAGAAGACGUGCAUCGUUCCUGGAGGUUGCAGGAACUCUCCACAGAUGACUUUGCAAGGGUUCUUGCUACACCUGUUUGCCAUCUCCUCUCUUCCUCCCUAACCAAAUUAGACCUUCGUUGGAACGAUGAGGUGGAGUGCUUCACAAAGGAGCAAGAGAAGGCCCUUCACAUUCUCACCUCCAUUGAGGACCUAGAAUUUUCGAGGUGCAAAAAACUGCAGUCCCUCCCUACUGGGCUUAGUGAAAUCCCCAACAUCAAGACAUUAGGGAUCUAUGGAUGUCUAGCCAUCAGCUCGCUUGGAAACCUCCCCAAUUCACUGCAACAACUAGAGAUUUCUUCCUGUCCAGCCAUCAGCUCGCUUGGAAACCUCCCCAAUUCACUGCAACGACUAGGGAUUUCUUACUGUCCAGCCAUCAGCUCGCUUGGAAACCUCCCCAAUUCACUGCAACAACUAGAGAUUUCUUCCUGUCCAGCCAUCAGCUCGCUUGAUGGCACAACCAUCCGCUCACUGGCCAAAGACCGCCUACCAACUACACUCCGAGAAAUAGACGUCCGUUACUGUGGCAACGAGGAGCUAAAAAGGCAGUGCCGCAAGCUUCAAGGAACUAUCCCAAUUGUAAAGGCCUAGCCUGCACCAAGGUACCAUGUAGGGUUCUUAUAGUCCCGCUCUAUCUGCAUUUGUUACUGCGACUUGGUACAUACAUACAAGUGUACAACUGGUUAGUCA